AGAAGUUCUCAAACCAAAUUGAUUACAGUGAAAAAGGAUCAAAUUUUGAUAUUGAUAUGGUCAGCAGGGAGUAGAAUGAUGAAUAAUCACAAACUUUAUAAUAAUUGUGUUUCUUGACAGUCAUUAUUUCUCACCUGAUAGAUACUCUUGCUAUGUAGCAUGAACAAUCCUCAGUGUCCAUGUUUGUUCUUUGCUGCUUCUUCAAUCUCCACUGCCUGCCUGAGCCUAGGAAUCUGAACUACUUAUAUUUGUGUACAUACAUACACACUGGUAUGUAUGUAUAUAUAUGUUUUUGGGGGAUGAAAAACAGGUGUGUUUAUGACAUUAGAUUAAGGGCUUUUUUUUUCCACUUGUCUGUUUGUCCUUAAGAAAGAUCCUUGAAGAAUUUGGAUUUAUCAAUGUUUAUGAAAAGGCAGAGAGGGAUGAGUUGUCAUAUGGAAGAGUUUUGGCAGCAUUGCAUAUUAACCCUAGUUUUCUGUUCCCCAAGCAGAUGCUUGAGAUCAUCCAGCUUCCAAUGAAACAAUAUUACCUCACAACCAGCCAUAUUGUACCUGGGAAUCUUCAAUCCAAAGGGCCACUAACCAACAUUGUCCUCCUGUUCCUGUCUCAAACAAAGCAUAUGAAGCAUGUAAGCCUUCCACUGGGAAAAAAGUUAAUGUGGGCAGCAAUCUCUUCAUUCUCCAAAGAUCAAUGCUUCUAACUUCUAAGGUGAGUUGAUGGUGGGAGAGAUGAUUUCCAGUACAGCAAGUUCAUUUGCAGCCAUUGCAGGGGGGAUUGGAGGGGCAUUGGUACUAAUGGGGGUCAUAAUCUUGGUCUGUUUUUGUAUGUUUCACUAUAAGAGGUAUUCCAACAGGAAUUCAGACACAGCUUCCUCAGAUCCAUCUGCACCAGUGGAACAGAAAACAGGAGGACCUGUCUCGUCCCUGGCUCUGGCUCGAGGGGGCGUUCCCGAGGGGGCGAGGGUGUUUAGAAUGCAGGAACUGGAACAAGCCACCAAGAAUUUUGAUGAGAGUAAUCUGAUUGGGUGUGGGAGCUUUGGUCUCGUGUUUAAAGGCUUCCUCUUUGAUGGAACCAUUGUGGCCAUCAAAACACGUUCGGCUCCUCCUAGGCAACAAUUCAGUGAAGAGGUGGCUCGUUUGUCGAUGACACAACACCGCAACCUAGUCAAUCUCCUAGGCUACUGCCAGGAGAAUGGAUACCAAAUCCUGGUUCUUGAAUAUUUGCCAAAUGGAACAAUGUGUAAUCACUUGUAUGGGAUGGGAAGGGAUUCCUCAACAAAGCUGGAAUUCAAGCAAAGGCUCUCCAUUGCUUCUGGGACUGCUAAAGGUUUGUGCCAUUUGCAUGGGCAGUGCCCCCCAGUUGUUCAUGGAAACUUCAAGACAGGCAAUGUGUUGGUUGAUGAGAACUUCAUUCCUAAAGUUGCAGAUGCUGGGAUUUCAAGUCUGCUUAAAGAGAUCAACCAUGAUGCUGCAGGCCCUUCUCACUCCAUCCAACCGUCUCCCUUCAUCGACCCCGAGGUGAACCAAAGUGGUGUAUUCUCUGAGGCAAGCGACAUUUAUGGCUUCGGGGUGUUCCUCUGGGAGCUGAUAACAGGAAGAGAGGCUGCACAUAUUCGCGGUUUGGGAUCAAACCAAACCAUGCUUCAAUGGGUGGAAGCACAUUUAAGUUCAGAUGAUUUAGUGGAGCAUAGGCUGAUGGGGAAGUACAGUGCAGAGGGAAUGAGAGACUUGAUAAGGCUAGCAAUGAGAUGCACAAGUUUUCCUGGGAAAGAAAGGCCCAAUAUGGACAUGGUAGCAGUUGAAGCUGAGAGAAUUCUGGAGAAAGAGAUCAUGGGCUCUACUGCCAUGGGAGAAGCUUCUGCAACUCUCACUCUGGGAAGUCAGCUAUUCACCAACUAAGAUAACCAACCAAAUAUUAUUGUAGCUUAAUUAGAUAUGGCAGAGAUUUGGAAGCAGUGUUUGAUUUGAUGUAAUUAAUAGCAAUAUUAUUUGUGGUUUAAUUUACAAUUCAUGUAUGAAUAGUGUAUAUGUGUUAUCUAUUAUGGUUCACAAUUCAA